GCAAGAAGAGGUGAACAUUUUUGGAGAAUCACUCAGCUGCAACACACCUUUGUUAAGACGGGAUAAAAAGUGUAGGCUGCAAAUUUUUAGAAGAAGAAAACAUUAGGGGAAGAGAGAAAGGGAUUUAAACUGUUGCCUCUUCUUUAAGGAAAGCAAUCUAGGUGACUAUGAUAUGGAUGUAAUCAAGAAAAAUAAACGAGAUGGUUCAGAAGUCACUGAAAGACUUGUUACCGAAACAGUUACCACAAGGCUCACAUCUUUACCACCAAAAGGAGGGACCAGCAAUGGAUAUACUAAAUCCUCAUCAUCCCUUAGUGGAGGGAGCAGGAUGGAAAAACAGAGUUUGACCCAUGGCAGCGGCUAUCUGAACUCAGGCGGAAGUUCUAGAGCUGCCUCUUCCUCCAGCUUCAGAAGGACCCAAUCGCCUGCCUCUACUCUCCCCAAUUCACCAGGCUCAACUUUUGAAAGGAAAACUCAUAUCACCCGCCAUGCCACAUACGAAGGGAGCUCCAGUGGAAACUCUUCUCCAGAAUACCCUAGGAAAGAACUUGGAACUGCAUCCACCAGGGGACGGAGCCAAACCCGAGAGAGUGAAAUUCGAGUUCGGCUGCAAAGUGCUUCGCCAUCUACCAGAUGGACAGAAUUGGAUGAUGUGAAGAGACUGCUCAAGGGAAGCCGAUCAGCUAGUGCCAGCCCCACUCGGUGUUCAUCCAACACACUCCCCAUUCCCAAGAAAGCCACCGUGGAAACCAAGAUGGUGACGGAGAGCUCCCAGUCAGUAUCAGGCACCUAUGACACAACUGUCCUGGAUGCCAACCUUCCCUCCUAUAUGUGGUCUUCCACCCUGCCUGCGGGGUCAUCCGUGAGUGGGUAUCACAACAACAUGAUGACCCAGAGCUCAUCCCUCCUCAAUACCAAUGCCUAUUCCACAGGAUCAGUGUUUGGAGUCCCAAAUAACAUGGCUCCCUGCUCUCCCGCUCUACACCCUGGGCUCAGCACCUCCUCUUCAGUGUUUGGGGUACAAAACAACCUGGCUCCUAGCUCUUCUGCCUUGGCUCAUGGUACAACAACCUGCUCCACAGUAUAUGGUGUGAAGAAGAACAUGCCCCAGAGUCCUGCAGUGGUGAGCACUGGAGUGUGUACUUCGACGGCUGGCACAAUGAGUUCUCACAAUGAUGACAUCCUGCGCAAAGACUGCAAGUUCCUGCUGCUGGAGAAAGAGAAUGUGCCCGCCAAGAAGGAGAUGGAGCUCCUGAUCAUGACAAAGGACAGCGGGAAGGUUUUCACUGCCUCCAGCACAGGGCUCAGUGGAGGCUCUUUUUCUGAAGAUACCCUGAAAAAAGACAAGCAAGCUAUCUCCUCUUCUUAUGGGGCAGAGACUCAUUUUAAGUCAGAAGCAAAUGGAGAUUUAAAGGGUGUAUCGACUAAAGAAAAAGCCACUUAUGCAGAAAUUCAGGGUGGUGAUCGAGGAGGAGGUGGAGCCAUAGGAGGAGGAGGAGGAGGAGGAGGAGGAGGAGCAGGAGCAGGAGGAGGAGGAUUUGGAGCUGCUCCUGCCUGGUGCCCCUGUGGUUCGUGCUGUAGCUGGUGGAAGUGGCUUCUGGGACUGCUGCUUCUUGGAUUGCUGCUGCUUGGACUGCUCUUUGGACUCAUUGCUCUGGCGGAGGAGGUGAGGAAGCUGAAAGCCCGUGUGGACGACCUGGAAAAAAUCAGCACUGGCAUGUUACAAGUGUCACCAGAGGAAAGAAGAAAAAUCAUCGGUUCUGUCCACUUACCAAGUACAUCUCAUUCAUAUGGAACAGACCUGGGAGCUGGUCAGGGAGAUCACUCUCAGGAGGCUGUCUGGCUCUAUGUGAGGAACAAGCUACAGUCCGAGCAGGAGAAAGGUUAUUUCCGAGGAGAACCAGGCCCAAAAGGUGAUGUGGGAAUUCAAGGUCCAAGAGGAGACCGAGGAUUUGCUGGUGUUCCAGGUGCUCCUGGGUCUAUGGGGCAUCCAGGCCCAGAAGGGCCAAAAGGACAAAAGGGCAGCGUAGGUGAACCUGGCAUGGAAGGACCCAUGGGUCAGAGAGGACGAGAAGGGCCAAGUGGGCAGCGUGGUGAACCGGGACCACCUGGGUUUGGCGAGAAGGGAGACAAAGGUGCUGUGGGUGAAGCAGGCCCUCCAGGCCCACCGGGCGCCCCAGGAUCUUUCGGUCCCAAAGGUGCCAUGGGCACUCCAGGACCAUUAGGCCCCUCAGGCCCUCCAGGAAUUCCAGGAUUCAAAGGUGACACAGGACUUCCAGGUGCUAAAGGUGAGAAAGGGCCCCUGGGAUCUCCAGGACCAAAAGGCGACCAGGGUGAGAAAGGACCACGAGGACUCACAGGGGAGCCUGGCUCGAAAGGUUUGCCUGGUGCUAUUGGAGAACCAGGAGCUAAAGGAGCAAUGGGUCCAGCUGGUCCUGAUGGACAUCAAGGUCCAAGAGGUGAACAAGGUCUCACAGGGAUGCCUGGCCUUCGUGGCCCUCCUGGACCCACCGGAGAUGCAGGAAAACCAGGGCUCAUGGGACCUCAAGGACCUACAGGCCUCCCUGGUAUCCCAGGCAGAGCAGGCGCCAAAGGUGACACUGGUGCUCCGGGCAGGAUUGUGACUGCAGAUGGGGCAUCGACUGUCACUGUCCCAGGCCCACCCGGACCCCCCGGAGCGAUGGGUCCCCCAGGACCACCAGGUGCCCCAGGUCCUUCUGGGCCAGCUGGUGUCCCCGGCCAGCAAGGUCCCCGUGGUGAGAGCGCAAUGGUGCAUGAAAGCAUCACAGGAAGCAUCUCCGAAGGCACCGUCGAAUCGGGGACCGGCAGUGCUCGACAAAAUCUUGAUUUACGAGGACCACCAGGUCCUCCUGGACCACCAGGACCACCAGGAAUUUCUAUCCCAGGACCCCCAGGACCCCGUGGCCCAGCAGGGGAAGGCCUGCCAGGACCCCCUGGCCCACCUGGCUCCUACUUGACUAAUUCAGAAACCUUCUUCUCCGGCCCCCCAGGCCCACCUGGUCCCCCUGGUCCAAAAGGAGAUCAUGGUGCCCCUGGACCUCGAGGAUUCCAAGGUGAGCCAGGCCUUCCAGGACUGUCAGCAGGUUCAGACGGUCUGGGCAUCACACUGCAGGGGCCACCAGGCCCGCCUGGCCCCCAAGGCCCCCCAGGACCCAAAGGUGACAAAGGGGUAUCCUCAAGCACAAGAUAUACCCAGGGGCCCCCAGGUCCUCCUGGACCCCCCGGCCCUCCCGGAUCCAUCAGCAACUCUGGACGGGACAUUCAGCGUUAUAUUUCCGAGUACAUCCAGAGUGACUCGAUGAGGGGUUAUUUGACUGGCGUACAAGGACCCCCUGGCCCUCCUGGCCCCCCAGGACCCGUGAUCAGCAUGGGUGGGGAGACCUUUGACUACACCGAGUUGGCCAGCCAGGUCAUGAGCUACCUACGAACUUCCGGUUACAGCAUUGGGGGAUCCUCCUCCUCCUCUUCCUCCUCAAUGUCCCAGGAAGACAUCCUGACUCUACUGCAGCGAGAAGACGUCCGACGUUCCCUGGUUGGACCCCGGGGGCCCCCGGGCCCUCCGGGCCCCGCUGGAGAUGGACUCCAGACCCUGGAUUACUCAGAACUGGCCAACCGGGUCGUCAGCUACCUAAGCAGAUCCGAGCUCAAUGUGGGAAUCCCCGGCCCCCCCGGGCCUCCAGGGCUCCCGGGAACAUCAUACGAGGACCUGCUGUCCAUACUCCAGGGCUCUGAAUUCAGAGGCAUCGUCGGACCCCCAGGGCCGCCAGGCCCACCCGGCCCACGGGGCAGUGGGCUGUCCAGCCUCGGCGUGGAGGACCUCUCCUCCUACCUACAGAGUGCGGGCUUCGCCUCCGUCCCCGGGCCGCCUGGGCCUCCGGGGCCCCCGGGUCCGCAGGGACCCACCUACUUCUCCGAGGGCCUGACCACGUAUGCGGCUGAGCAGAGCGAUAACUUCAAGAGCGAGCUGAUCGGCUACCUGACAAGCCCCGAUGUCCGCAGCUUCCUCGUUGGUCCUCCCGGCCCCCCCGGGCCCCAGGGCCCCCCAGGAGACGGCCGCUCGAGGACCGGCGACGGCUCCUACAGCCGCGACAACUCCUACAGCUCCUUGCUGAGCCGCGACUCCGCCUACAGCUCCUCGUCCUCUUCGUCCUCCUCCUCCUCCUCCUCCAUGGGGCUCGGCGGGGCGAACGGCGGGGGCGCCUACGGCCCGUUGGGAGGGGACGGCGCGGACACAGGCGAGGCCGGGGCCUUCGGAGACGGCGGCGGGUACGGCGCGGGCUUCGCCGGGGCCCUGGACUUCAACGAGCUGGCGGUGCGGGUGUCGGAGAGCAUGCAGCGUCAGGGCCUGCUGCAAGGCAUGGCCUACGCCGUUCAGGGCCCCCCCGGCCGGCCGGGCCCCCAGGGCCCACCAGGGAUCAGCAAAGUCUUCGCUUCCUACGGCAACGUGACGCAGGAUCUCAUGGACUUUUUCCGAACCUACGGCACCAUUCCAGGCCCGCCCGGCCAGAAGGGACAGAUGGGCCACCCGGGCCCCAAAGGGGACGCGGGUCCGAUCGGUCAUCCAGGCCGGCCAGGGCCUCCGGGGCCCAGAGGCCACAAAGGAGACAAAGGGGAGAAAGGUGAGCAAGUCUACACGGGCCAAAGGCGAAGGAGAAGCAUCGCGGUCAAACCCUGAGGGCCAGCGGCGCCCGGGGCCGGGCUUGGGGGCAGCUCCCUGAGAAGGGGCCGGGCUCGGCGGCCUCCCCUUUCCUUAGAAGGCCCCCUCAAUCAAACCGCUGACCGGCAAAAGCGGGCGGUUCCUGCCGAACCCAGCCGGCCCAGAUGGGCAUUGGUUCGCCAGACCCGCCUCCACCCCGAUCCUGAAACACUCUUCUGCUCUAAUUUUCCUACUACUAACCCGUCUUUUCAAAGCGCGUUUUGUUUUUCCGAAGCGCUCCCACCUGUCGUCAUUUUACCCCCACGCCCUGAGAGGCGGGGGGGGAGGGAGUGACGAUUGCCAUUUUGCAGAUUAAGAAGCUGAGGCCCGGAGAGGUCAAGCCACUUGCCUGAGGUCAGUCAGCAGGUUGGGAGUAGAGGGAGCCCGCUGCCUCCAUCUGUUUGGAGCGUACGCACCGCCUCUCCCAAGGGCUCGGCGCAGAGUCAGGGCUCGAUAAAUGCUGUUGAUUUGGCUGAUCCAGGGCCCCGCGAGCAUCGCCGGAGAGCCGGCGACGCAAAGCGACGGCAAGGGGUCCGUGUCCGUCGUUCGCCCUGUGGCUUCUGUAACUUGGUCCUCGCUCCUCUGGUUGCUGGGGCUGCUUGCCGGCAUGGCCUUGCUGGAAAGAGCUCAGGGUGGCAGUUUGGGUGGCGCCGCUUUGCCCAUUCAGUGCUUCAGGGACGGUACCAGCCGUUCCCUCCUUUCUCUGCCCGCCCGGGCCUCGGCGGAAAGCCGGGCUGCGGAAACCUGCUCGUUGAAAGCAACCGUGGCCAGCGAAGAUUUAACCACUGAACUGAAUGCCCCUCGAGGAGCCCCGUCCUCAGAAAUCACGUCGUAGAUCGGGCUAGGCUGGUGACAAGGUUGUGUUGGGGACACUGUGUGGGACGCUUCCGUGCCCCGUGUCCACAGCUGGAUUCAGCAAGCUCCGGGGGCGUAGAAAUAAGGAAUUCAUUAUAGCCAACUGGAAAGAGGAAGGUCUAGGGAAUGACGUGGGGCUAUGAAAAGGGGGAGAACAACGCUAGGUGAAGGGUUGCCCAGGGGUCCAUUUGGACUGCAUUGCGAAGGGGUGGAAAAGAGCGAGGACAGCACCAGUUAAGCACUUUUAAAAUGUUUUUUUUUUCCAAAAUAUUGUAUGUGGUCCUCUAAACUGAAAAAAAAAAAUCAUUUCAAUGUAAGAUUCCCAAUUAAAGCUUGUUUUUUUAAAAUCUAACGUCCCAUGUGAUCAAAUCCAUCACUUACCAGCCUGGCUGCCAGUUUCUCCUCUGGAGGACGGCGGGGUGGAAGGGGGCAGGGAUUUUUAGGAGUGAGAGCCCCUGUGCUCACCGGAGUAAAAGGCACGUUCAUAGAAAGUGCUCUUUCAGUUCAGUCGGCUCAACACCGUGCACAGAGGCACAAGCCUGAAGGGAUGGUUUUGAUCUGCGGGACUUGACCUCUGGCCUGCUUUUCCUCCCAGAUUACCGCACAUCUUAAAACCAGGUCUUCGUUCUCUGCACUCACUGUUCCCUUUAUCCAUUCUGCGCAGACAGAAACAACAACAACAAAAAUCAACCUAAUGGGCGUCUCUGGGCCCACGGCGUCAAACGAAUACGGAUACAGAGCCAGAGAGCAAUUAGCUGCUUUAUUGUGAAUGCAGGGAUUGGCGUUAAUAGCGACGAGGAGAGGGAGGAUUGCUCUUCUGGCUCUAGUGGGUCCUUUAACGCAGGAUAAACACCGGCAAAUGGUAAAACCAGUCACCCCAUUAGACUGGAAAUUGGAUAGUAUGGAUUUAUCAUUUAUACCUAGGCAGGGCUCUAGAUACGUAGUUUGGAACCAGGAUGAGAAAUAAUAUACUAACCCAGCUAGAUUCUGCCUGCUUGGCAGCAAGACAAAAAAACGGCCUGCCGACUGGGUCGGCCAACCCACCGACUCCUCCUCCGGAUCAUUUCUAACACUUUUCCCUUUUCCCACCCCCAUCUAAGGUAUAGAGUGUGCAUUUCUUUGUCAUAUGGCUUCCAACAGGCCUCACCUACGUACUAAUACUCUCCUGGAAAAGCAUUCCAGUUCUAUUCCCGGUGGGCACACUUGCCCACCAGGAAUAGCCGCCCGGAACAGGUCGGUCUGCUCGUCUUCCCUAACAACUUACGGUGACUUUGCCAGAGAUACAGGUUGGAUUCCUUUUCAAAAUGGACAAAUGAAGGCUCUCCUGAAAACAUAAACUUGCAAUAACUUGGUUUCUCUUGCAUAAGAAAGCCGUAUCCCGGAUGUGGCGCACCAUUAUCUUAAUAAAAUUCUUUAAGUAUG